UCAGCCUCUCGCCUGUAGCCAUGACAAGUUAGACAGUUUUUUCACAGCCUACUGUACCAUCUUCCACUUUGUGCAGAGGGACUUCAGAUUUUUUUUCUUUCCUCCUCUCUCUCUCUUUGUGAGUGGCCCCGGUCGCACAUGGCUCCCCGGGCGGUGUGGCUCCUGGUUGCGCUGUCCGGUAUCCUGACGGUGCGCCCCUGCUGGGCUUUUACCUGUCCGGCCAUCUGCCGCUGUGGUGUGGACACAUUUCACUGCACCAGAGACACUCAGCUGGCCUCCCGGACGGGACACCUAUCCAGACUGAGGCUCACUCAUCUGCCCUUCAAAGAAGUUGCCAGGCAUGCCUUCAAAGAGCUCAGCAACAUCACAAUCAUUGAAAUAUCCCAGAGUGUCUGCAUCACGGCGAUACAAAGACAUGCGUUCCUGUCUCUCGGCAGCCUGGCUCAAAUCUUAAUUCAGAAUAUCAACAGUCUGAGGGUUAUUGAGAAAGGGGCCUUCACUGACCUGCCCAAGCUUGAAUACUUGAGCAUCGGUAACACGGGGCUGAUACACUUCCCAGACUUCACAACUAUUUCCUCCUUGGCGCCAAAUUUUAUCCUAGAAAUGGCAGACAACAUGAGGAUUGACACCGUUCCUGCCAACUCGUUCCAGGGCAUCACAGAGGAAUAUGUCGACAUGAACGUGGUUAGAAACAGUUUCAAGGAAAUAAAAUCCCAUGCAUUCAACGGAACGAAGCUGAACACACUAGUUUUGAGAGACAACAAAUACCUCAGUAAAAUUCAAAAAGAUGCAUUCGAAGGAGCCUUUGGACCAAUUUCUCUAGAUAUUUCCUCCACAGCUUUGAGUUCCCUGCCCCCUAAAGGGCUGAGGCAGGUAAGGUUUCUCAAAGCGAGCUCUGCCUAUGCUCUGAAGAGCCUCCCCCCGCUGCAAAGCCUGGAUGAACUGCUGGAAGCCGAGCUCACCUAUCCCAGCCACUGCUGCGCCUUCCACACAUGGCGCCGGAAACAAAGGGAAAACGCCUUCAAGAACUUCACAAAACUUUGUGAUGCCACCGACACAGACAUUAUGGAGCCCACUGCAGAUGGUGUGAAUGGUAUUAAUGACAUCAACUUUCAGUAUCCAGACCUGGAAUUGGGUUGUCUUAACAGCCCCUUCAUCAAGUGCACACCAAAGCCGGAUGCUUUUAACCCUUGCGAGGACCUGCUGGGCUAUUCCUUCCUGCGCUCGCUUACCUGGAUAAUCGCCGUUUUCGCUGUGACUGGUAACCUGGCCGUGCUGGUUAUCCUGCUCAGUAGUCACCAUAAGCUAACUAUCUCCCGAUUUCUAAUGUGCAACCUAGCCUUUGCCGACCUGUGCAUGGGGCUCUACUUGAUGCUCAUCGCCUUCAUGGACUACCACUCUCACCAAGAGUACUAUAACCACGCCACUGACUGGCAGACGGGCGCAGGGUGUGGCAUUUCAGGGUUUUUGACAGUGUUUGCGAGUGAACUAUCUGUAUUUACACUGACUGUGAUUAGCCUUGAACGCUGGCACACCAUCACCAAUGCUAUGUAUCUGAACAAGAGGCUACGGAUGCGGCAUGUGACAGCCAUGAUGGCGGUCGGCUGGGGGUUUUCUCUGCUGGUGGCCCUGCUCCCUCUUGUGGGGGUCAGCAGUUACAGCAAAGUGAGCAUCUGCCUGCCCAUGGAUAUUGACACACUGAGCUCCCAGAUUUACGUGGUGGCUGUGCUGUUUCUCAAUGUGGUUGCUUUCCUGGUGGUCUGUUACUGUUACGUAUGUAUUUACUUGAGCGUCCACAACCCAGACCUCACCACACGUCAUGGAGACACCAAGAUAGCCAAGCGCAUGGCUGUACUCAUUUUCACUGACUUCCUGUGCAUGGCACCCAUCUCCUUCUUUGCCAUCUCUGCGGCUCUGCGUGCACCCCUCAUAACAGUGUCUCACUCCAAGAUCCUGCUCAUCCUCUUUUAUCCUAUUAAUUCCCUGUGCAAUCCUUUCUUGUACACCAUCUUCACCCGGGCCUUCCGCAAGGAUGUGUGCCUGCUGUUGAGUCGCUGUGGCUGCUGUCACACUAAGACCAACUUCUACAGGACACACAGCCUGGCUGUGAACACCACCUGUGCCAAUAACACAGUUUCCACCAGCAAACCUCACUCACUAAGUUUCUACGCCUACCACAUUAAGAUGCAGGGCUGCUUUCUCAACAAGGGAGCCACUUGACCAUCAACUUGAACACUGAAUUUUAUUAUGAACUAGACGGCAACGUCCGUCCUCUUGCUAAAAACAGUCACAUUUCUUCAAUACGUGGUCAAGAUGAAGAGAUCUGCAGUUUUAUCAGGCAUCAUAUCAGGUUUGAUCUAGUUCAGCUUGCAAGGCCAGAAAUCCACGACUCAGGACAAAAACCUCACACUGAAAGUGUCACACUGGACACUGUGACUUCCUCUCUGUACAAUAACCCCUCACUAAAACACAGUUGGGUUGAGCUGUGAAUGGGAUAAAACUGGUAACUAUUUAUGUAUAACACUCCAAAAGCAUAUUUAAGUUUUCAUUUUUUGUCAUUGUGAUCAAAUCAGAUCAUAACACCAACUGAGAGAGACUGGGUUGUUCUGAGCAAAGGCAUUUUCCUUUAGUUGAAAUUAGCAGAUGUAACUGUAUUCAUUAUUCUGAGCCUACAGUGGUCAGGAUCUUAAGCUUGGACACGGUUUGGGAAGUCAACAUGAUCAAAUGGAAGGCUUUAUUUUUGUGUGUCUGCCUAUGCUGUGCUGGGAAAGUUGAUGAGCACUGCUGCCAUCUAUUGGGAGCUUGAGAAACUUGCACUGCGACUAGAAGACUGUGGACAUGCCAGAGCAGCUACUACAACCCACUGGAUUUAAAUAAAGCUGUUGUCUGGCAUGCAGUAAAUGCACCUACUGCUCAUUUAAUGUUCAA